CCAAACCCUAAACCGUUAAACCCUUUUCAAUUUCGCUCAAACGGAAGCAAACCAAUGGAAGAAGCGUCGUCGGAGAUGGAAGUGGAGGUGCAAAAUCGCCAGCUUUCGGAUUCUUCUUCAGCGCAAAACGUGAAGAAUUUUGGGCUCAAGAACUCUAUUCAGACCAACUUCGGCUCUGACUACGUCUUCCAGAUUGUCCCAAAAAUCGAUUGGACAGCAAUUGCGGUUUCGUUAUCCACCAACACCGUCAAGCUUUACUCUCCGGUGACUGGUCAAUACUACGGCGAAUGUAAAGGCCACUCCGAUACCGUCAAUCAGAUUGCGUUUUCCUCCGACUCAGCGGCUUCUCCUCACGUUCUGCACUCUUGUUCCUCCGAUGGUACCAUUAGAUCUUGGGACACGCGAAGUUUCCAACAGGUUUCAUGUAUUGUUGCUGGGGAUGAUCAGGAGAUUUUCAGCUUCUCCUAUGGAGGUGCUGCAGAUCAUCUUUUGGCUGGUGGAUGCAAAGAGCAGGUUCUUCUUUGGGACUGGAGAAACUCAAAGCAAGUUGCUUGUUUAGAGGAAUCCCACAUGGACGACGUCACUCAGGUACACUUUGUUCCUAACAACCCCAACAAGCUUCUUUCAGCUUCCGUGGAUGGAUUGAUAUGUCUAUUUAACACUGAAGGUGAUAUCAAUGACGAUGACCAUCUGGAAUCUGUGAUCAAUGUGGGAACUUCAAUUGGCAAAAUAGGUUUCCUCGGAGAUUGCUAUAAAAAGCUCUGGUGUCUCACUCAUAUAGAAACUCUAAGCAUUUGGAACUGGCAAGAUGGAAGCUGUGAAGUCAACCUAGAGAAAGCUCGGGAACUCGCAUCUGAUAGCUGGGCUCAGGAUAAUGUUGAUUAUUUUGUUGAUUGCCAUUGUCCAGGAGGUGAAGAUUUAUGGGUGAUUGGUGGAACCUGCGCAGGAACCAUUGGUUAUUUUCCAGUGAACUAUAAACAGCCUGGAUCAAUCGGUACCGCUGAAGCUAUCCUUGGUGGAGGUCACAUAGAUGUAGUAAGGAGUGUUCUGCAGAUGCCAUGCGAGUAUGGAGGAGCUGCAGGGUUAUUUGGAUGGACUGGCGGUGAAGAUGGGCGGCUAUGUUGCUGGAAGUCCGAUGAGAAUUCUACAGAGAAUAAUCGGUCUUGGACUUCAAGUGAGUUGGUUGUUAAGCCGCCAAGGAACCGCAAGAAAAACAGACACUCUCCUUACUAAUAAUAAACGAAUAGUACUGUU